UGGAACUAUUGAAAGGAGGCUGAAAAGUGUCAGUGGAAUGUGAGUCGUCCACAGGUGCCAAGCCCAUUUUCGAGUAAACGCAAAUUCCACCCAUACUCUGGAAUAGUUACCUGGCAAAAAUUAUGCAGAAAUUUUCUCGAUGACCCAGGAAAGUGAAUCCAUUUGCCCCCAUCGCGUCGGAAGAUACCCCAACCGAUUGUUGUUGUCCAAGGGCCCAGUUUAGCAUUAUGUCGCUGGUGGAGUGACCAACUUAUUAUUGUCGUGCAUGUUUGUGAGUCAAAUGGAUAGUGUCGAAGUUCCAUUGGACAUGUGGCUGUUAUUGUUACUCUCUCGGAUAUUUUAACAGUUCCAUUUGGGGGCCUUUUCAACGCCAGAUUUAGAUAACCGUUGGAUACGUCGCAGUAAUAGGUGAGUGGGAAGGCGAAGGAGGGCUGAGGUCUAUGGGCUCAACAUAGGCCCACCCACGGUUAUCUUGUUCCAUGGACCCGCUAACGCCCACCGCAUCCCACGAAAUAACGAUCUUCAAACAAGCACUCAUCAAAAAUCCAUUAAUUCUUGCGCUAUAGUACUCUCAGAUAGUUUUAUCGUAUCAGAUAUUGAACGUAAUUCUUUUCUAAAUGCUUCAAUAUAUUUGAAAAUUUUUUGAGCAGGAAAAAAAUCUUAGAAAAAAUCAAAAAGUCAAGAAAGUUGAGUUUGGUGUCAGAAAUUAUAAAGUAACUACCUGUGACUAAGUACAAUGAACGAACAACUUGUCCGUUUCUUUGCCUUGGGGGUGCGGCGGGCGCUAGAGGUCCCAUAGGCCUUGUCCUCACGUAUUACUACAAUACAUCCAAAGGGCAUCAAAAUCUGACGCCGUUCUCCUCCUCAUGCACGUUCUCAACCGAGAUGCUUGCAGACAAUGAUUUUCUUGUUCCCAUGCAUGGAAGGAAAUGUCAUGCACACAUUUGUACGCUUUAUAGUUUGUAGCUUUCACCAGCAGCUUCUUUGCCAGUCUCACACCACGUUUGGCAAACAAGCGUACGACAUAAAAUCAAAGCAUGAAGCGGAAAAAAGCUGCAGAUUUUGCCACACCACUGUCUGACCGCUUUGUUAAUCUUGGCGACGAUACGACUGAAGAAGGAUUGGAAUUUUUCGAGAUCAAGCUGGAAACACCCAGUAGCGACAGCGAUGAUGAUAAGCUGGUAGAACUUUCGACAACCGGUGGAGACAAGACCAUGUCGCAAGUUCCCUUCUUAAACGUUACAUCUCCUGCGGUCACGAAAAGAGGAAGAGGCAGACCAAGGAAAAAAAGACCGGCUGAGGGGUCGUCGUUGGGGAAUAGUAAAAAGAAAGUGAGAAAUCCAACCUUUAAUGUGAAGAGAGGUCGCCCAACGAAAAUAAAUGGUGACCGAAAACCAGGUUCUGUUUUAACCGGACGACUUGUUACCUCUGCUGGACCUGAACCAAAUAAUCCGGGAACAAAUGUUGGAAAGGACCAAGUUAGGAUGCGUCAUCCACCAAAAAGAUUUGAAGACAAUAAUGAAGGUCAGGGUACAAGCCGUUCGUUUAAGCAAAAUGGGAACAAACAUUUAGAAGGUCACUACGAUUCUUCUGAAUCUAGAGGUCAAGGAAUAAGACGAAAGAGAGGGCGACCGCCUAAAAUCUCGCAGAACUUUAAUGGUUCAAUGAAAAAUACCAAUUUGUCCGCCUCAUUAUCUCCAGAUCCCAUGAUUUCAAUCGGAACAUCUUUAUCUAAAAUAAAAAGCGAAAUAGGACAAACUCUGUACGAUAUUAAAAAACGAGGUCCUGGUCGGCCAAAGAAAAUAAUUGGGGACCGAAGACCAGGUUCGGUUUCAAACGGAGGACUUGUUACCUCUGCUGGAUCUGGACCUGAAUCAAACAAUCCGGAAACAAAUGUUGCAAAGGACAAAGUUAGGAUGCGUCGUCCACCAAAAAGAUUUGAAGAAAACAAUAAAGGUCAGGGUACAAGCUGUUCAUUUCAACAAAAUGGGAACCAACAUUUAGAAGGUCACCACUACGAUUCUUCUCAAUCUAGAGCUCAAGGAAUAAGACGAAAGAGAGGACGACCGCCUAAAAUCUCACAGCAUUUUAAUGGCAACAUAGGGCAAACUCUGCACGCUGUUAAAAAACGAGGUCGUGGUCGUCCAAGGAAAUCGAUCAAUUCGACUUCAUCCAAGAAAUCUAUAGUUGCUUAUUCAGUCGACUCGGACUCGGACUGGACGAGUAGUUCAAAACCUGCCAAAAAACCCAAGAAGUUGAAAUCAUCGCGAGAAUCAAAGGUCAAAAUUUUAGAUGUAUCUAGAGGACUGAUUUUAAACAUUAGUCGAUGCGACACACAAGGAGCUACGUUGGUCCCUGAAAAACAACGACGUCGAAAGCGGCGAUUCUCAGCCUCUGAAUCAUUACCUGUUGCUGCUCCUGCCAAUAUGAAAUCUGAAUAUUGUUCAGACCUUCCACCGAAGAAAAGGCGAGGCAGGCCACCCAAAAAUACCAAAAUAACACCAACCACAUCGAAAGGUUUACCACCUUCAAAGAAAAAAAUCAAUUGUUCCAUUUCCGACAAUACCCCUCUGUUAGAAGUGUGUGUUGAUACCAUCCAGUCCACUAUUAAUGCUGUGAAUGGAGGUGCAAAGAGGAUCGAGCUUUGUUCAGCGCUAUCAGAGGGAGGACUUACACCGACCGUAGGUUUACUGGAAUUAUGCAAACAAAUUACAGACGUUAAAAUCUUUGCAAUGAUUCGACCCCGUUGCGGCGACUUUUUGUACUCGGAUAACGAAAUACAGAUAAUGGAGAGGGAUAUCAUAUCACUCAAGAAUGCAGGAGCGGAUGGUUUCGUAUUUGGAAUGUUGGAUGAACUCGGAAAUGUUGAUGACGAGAAAUGUGCCCGACUUUUGGCAGCAGCAAACCCUCUGCCUUGCACAUUCCACAGGGCGUUUGACCUCACUUGCAAUCCAAUGAGCUGUUUAGAAACAAUUGUGAAUCUGGGAUUCGAUAGGAUACUCACGAGUGGCCUUCGACCUUCUGCAGCGGAGGGAAUUCCCCUAUUGAAACAGUUGGUAGACGCUGCCAAUGAUCGAAUAGUAAUAAUGGCUGGAGCUGGAGUGAACCCAGGCAAUGUAUUCGAAAUAGUUACCAACACUGGAGUGAAAGAAGUGCACGGAUCGGGUAGGGUGAAAGUUUUCUCAAAAAUGAGAAGCACUUCUUCAGAGCCACAAGUCGGCAUGGGAGCACCUGGCGAGGACGAUUCUUCCCAUUUCCAGACAAGCGUAGCUCUUGUUCAAGGAAUUGUAGACCAAUUAACGUUUGCGUUUAAAGAAAUUGAAAGACUUCAUUCGAAUCGACAGAAUCCAGAAGUUUUAGAAAGCUCCACCACCCAAAACAAUGGAGAAUACAAGUUUUAUGAUGAUGGUUCAAAGGCUGGGGAUGUUGGUUCAACAGAACCACCAAUUAUGUUAACACAACUACCAGAGGAAAAUAAUUUGGAAAAUAAGGAAGAGGCUGUUACAGAAACGGCAACGAUGAUCCCUGCCUCUUCACAUGAGCCAGUUGAGGUCGGUGACGAUUCUGUGGAAGAUGAGGAUGUUAUUGCAGAACAAAGAAUGCUAGCACAAGAACAAACGGUCGUUAAUUGUGAAAAUAAUAAUAAGAUUACACCAGAACCUGAUCUGUCAUCACCCCCUCAAAUGAUUGAGAUUCGUGAUCCAGAGUCAGAUGAGGAAGACCUUAUUAUUUCAGAUCCAGAUCAAGUGACUUCUGCACACCCGGAUGUGCCGGGGGCGUCUUUGUCAAAUUUAGAUGAAUCAGCGUCAGGUGGAAAUUAUUUACAAGUGCUCAACUCUUCAGGAAAUUUUAACCCAGAAUCAACAGGUCGACAAGUACUCAACGAUGAUGACCAUGAUGCUACUGUUGGCUCACCUAUAGCUGAAAUUCCUACAGCGAAUAAGAAUGAUACCAAUAAUUUACAAGAAGUAGAAGAAAUUGGUGGUGGGGUUUAGUACUCUUAACUUGUAUUAUUAGAGUCAACCCUUUUUAAUAAAAAAGGAGUGAAACUGUCUACAGCUUUCACAACGUUAACAUUAUUAUAUAUAAUUUAUGUUUAUGAAAUGAAAACUGAUAUCCUAGAUGGAUUUUAAUUUGUUAAUUUGAUGAUGAUACAAGUGUAGUAUCGAAAGCUAGGAGAAAAUAUAUCUGCCUAAUUAAAACAACCAUGUCGUCAAAUUACUCUAAUACUAGUUUUUAAUUUGUUACUCCAUAUACAUACCUGCGACUAAUUUAUAUGUAUGCAAAGUUUAUUUAAAUCCGUGAUUGCUCUGUAAUAAAGGGUAUUUAAGAUUUAAAACUUAAAAUUAAUUAAUAAAAUUUUAUAAGAUUGAUCAAUCAAAGCAAAAAUUCGCCGAACACUGAAUCAUUACGUACUUGCACAAUAAAUUUUAAAUAACCAUA